AUGAAGUGGUUACUCCCCGGAGUAAUCUCGCUCUCGCUCCUUGCGACGACAGUGAAUUGUUGGCCCUACGACGAGGCCUAUCUAGAUCAUAACCUCAAUCAGAACAAGACAGCCACAAACCCGGCUGAUUACUGGGGAACAUGGCCCGGUCAUGAGGGGAAAUAUCACCCCUCACCUGAAAACUGGCGUUUUCCAUUCUACUCGUUGUUCAUGGAUCGCUUCGUGAAUGGAGACCCCACAAACGACAACAUCAACGGUACCACCUUCGAGCAUGAUCUUGAUCAUCGCAUACGCCAUGGUGGCGAUGUGGCUGGACUUGUCGACACAUUGGAUUACCUCCAAGGAAUGGGCAUCAAGGGCAUCUAUAUUGCGGGGACUUCCUUGCUAAACCAGCCGUGGACUUUCGAUGGUUAUGGAGUUAUGGACACCACCAUGCUUGACGGACACUAUGGUACAAUUCAGGUUUGGCGAGACGCCAUCACCGAAAUGCACAAGCGAGGAAUGUAUGUGUUGUUUGAUAACACCAUUGCUACAAUGGCUGAUUUGAUCGGAUUUGAUGGCCACCUCAACAUUUCGACUCCUUUCUCCGAGAAAGAAUGGAAGACACAAUGGAAAACCGAACGUCGUUAUGUUGACUUUGACAUCGGAACCGGGGAUUACAAUGCCACCUGCGACUACCCCCGAUUCUGGUACGAGGAUGGAUUCCCCGUCAAUGAAUCACAGACUGCAGGUUUAGUGGGAUGCUACAACAGUGAUUUCGACCAGUAUGGUGACAUCGAGGCUUUCGGAGUGUGGCCUGAUUGGAAGCGUCAGCUGGCCAAGUUUGCUUCCGUUCAGGAUCGUCUGCGCGAAUGGCACCCCGCGGUGCGCCAAAGGUUGAUCCAACACUCCUGCAUGAUCAUUGAGUCUUUGGACAUCGAUGGGUUCCGAUAUGACAAGGCCACUCAAGCCACCGUGGAUGCUCUUGGAGACAUGUCCAGUGCCUACCGAGACUGUGCCCGUAAGGUUGGAAAGGAGAAUUUCUUCAUCGCUGGUGAAAUCACAGGUGGGAAUGACUUUGGUUCCAUCUACCUUGGAAGGGGUAGACAGCGCAACCAGUGGCCUAAGGACUCAGCUACCACAAUGAAGUUAACGAAUGAAUCCUCCGCCCAGUACUUCUUGCGUGAAGCGGGACAUGAAGCCAUCGACGGUGCAGCCUUCCACUACACAACAUAUCGUGCCCUCACUCGAUUCCUUGGCAUGGACGGGCAGCUUUCAGCCGGCUUUGAUGCGCCCAACGAUUGGGUUCUAGGGUGGGACUACAUGUUGAGAACAAAUGAUUUGAUCAAUGCCAACACCGGAAAAUUUGACCCUCGACACAUGUUUGGUGCGACUAACCAAGAUGUCUUCCGGUGGCCAGCAAUUGCAAACGGUACCCACCGCCAGUUGCUCGGUUCCUUUGUCACUACAUUGAUGCUUCCUGGAAUCCCACUUCUUCUUUGGGGUGAAGAGCAAAACUUUUAUAUUCUAGAUGCCACUGCAGAGAACUAUAUCUAUGGGCGACAGUCAAUGUCCCCUGCAACGGCGUGGAAAACCCAUGGCUGCUUCCACUUAAAGUCUUCCCAGUACUACGACUGGCCUCUGUUAUCAGCGAAAACAGGCUGUGAGGAUGCAAAGGUUGUUUACGACCACCGCGACCCUUCCCAUCCUCUUCGAAACAUCAUAAAGCAGAUGUAUCAUUUGCGCGAACAGUACCCAGUUCUCAACGAUGGCUAUUCGCUUGGCAAUCUGUCGAAAAGAACUGAUGAUGUUUACUAUCCUGGUUCUAAUGAUACAGCCACAGAGACUGGGAUGUGGUCCGUUUUUAGAGAUGUGAACACUGAGGUUCAAAACCUGGGCUCUAAUGAUGACAACCAACCAGUCUGGCUGAUCUACCAAAAUCUCAAUGAUACAAAAACUUACACCUUCGACUGCGACUCCGACAAUCCCAACAAGACCCUGACCGCUCCAUUCGAGGCUGGCAUCACGGUCAAAAAUCUUUUUUACCCCUAUAACGAGAUCAAGCUAGUGGAAGGAGUACGCAAACUGGGCUUCAAUGGGUCAACCAAGUUCAAUGGCUGUGCGGAAAGACUUACGCUGAAGGCCUAUGAAUUCAGUGCAUAUGUCCCUGUUGCUAAGCACAAAUCACCUCGGCCUAUGAUCACCAAAUUCACCCCAGGCCAUGAUUAUCCACUGCGUUCCACCGUCGCACCCGAUCUUCCCGAAAAUGUGACGAUUGAGCUUUACUUCUCGGAAAAGAUGGACUGUGGCUCGGUGACCAAAGCAAUCACCUUCAAUUCAUCUACAGAGACCGGGAAAAUCCCAACUGUCGAUUCGAACACUAUCAAUUGCACAACCAUUCCCUUCUUGCUGCAGACCAACUGGACUGCUGAGAUACCGGGAGUUUGGAAGUGGGCAGCAAAUCUUACAGGUGUGUACAAUGGGGUUCAUCGAUUGACAGUUAACAAUGCGACGAACUCCGGCAACAGCUCUGCCACACACGCUGUUGACCACUUCCUCUUCCGCGUUGGCCAAAUUGACAACCCAAUGGUAUUCAAUACUGCCAACUACUCGAGUAGUCUGCUCCACAAGAAACAAAAUGGCGAUCUUUUCAUUCAGCAUCACGCUGCUGGAGCAGAUAAGUACCGUUAUUCUACCAACUGGGGCACGACGUUCUCCAAUUGGAUACGAUACAAAGGAGGAAACGAUACCAUUGAAAGGCUUCCAUGGUCGGGAACCAGGAAACAGGAAUGGGAUGGCGAACAUGUGCGUGUUGAGUACUGGAGUCGUUUGACUGGCAGCAGUGACUACGUGCAGCAAGGUGACGCUGACUGGAAUCACCAAAUUUCACGACGUUUUCCUCAUGCUUUCUUCAACGGACCUUACAAUCAAUAUGGAUAUGACGCGGGCCUCGAUAACAACAUCAAGCUCGAUACCAAAACCGGGACCUGGUCGUACCACUUCACAUCUGAAUGGCCUGCAGUCGGGCAGAUCAACAUCUGGGGCAUCAAUCCUGACGGAAAGCCCGAUCAAACCUGGGUAUUGGGCGAUACUGACAAUGAUACAAUUCUGGAUCGAAGUCCGCCGUCUGCUUUAAGUGCCACUUUGAUCAAUAUCACACAUGCGCCUGCCAAAGGCUAUCUUUCUCACAAAAUCUACUUCGAUGAUGGAACGCUUCAUUUCUGGCUGGAUCCAGUUGGGCCCCAGUCAACACAAAUCGUCAUGUUUGUCCUCUUCUGGAUCAUCCCAUUCAUAACCGCGGUUGGAUGUGUAUACAUCUUCAUGAAGUCCUUCUACAAAGUCAAAUUCAAUCAGGUCGGUGUGAGUGAGAAACAUGGCAUGAUUCCACUCGCUUUUUGGAACAAGAUAAAGUCCUCCCGUGCCAACAAAGAUCUUUCCUCAAAUCCACUGAUGCGUUUUGCCAAUAAGUCUGGCUUUCUACAAAGCACCACGACUCUGGGUGGUGCCCUUGCGUCCAGUAAGAGACGCAUGGUUUUGAUCGCUACCAUGGAGUACGAUAUUGAGGAUUGGGCCAUAAAAAUCAAGAUUGGUGGGCUGGGUGUCAUGGCUCAACUCAUGGGUAAAACUCUAGGGCACCAAGACCUGAUCUGGGUUGUCCCAUGCGUCGGAGGUGUUGACUACCCAGUGGAUCAGGAAGCAGAGCCUAUGACAGUAACUGUUCUCGGCAGUGCCUACCAGGUUCAAGUCCAGUACCACGUGCUGAAUAACAUUACCUACGUCCUACUUGAUGCCCCCGUGUUCCGUCAACAGUCAAAGACCGAGCCUUACCCUGCUCGCAUGGAUGAUCUUGAUAGUGCAGUUUACUAUUCGGCUUGGAACCAAUGUAUUGCCGAAGCAAUCAAGCGAUUCCCCAUUGACAUCUAUCAUAUCAACGAUUACCACGGUUCUCUCGCCCCUCUUUAUCUUUUGCCAGAUACUAUUCCUGCUUGUUUGUCUUUGCACAAUGCCGAGUUCCAAGGUCUUUGGCCUAUGCGAACCCUUAAGGAAAAGCAAGAGGUUUGUGAUGUAUUCAACCUGGACGAGGAAACCGUUGGGCGUCAUGUGCAAUUCGGUGAAGUCUUCAACCUGCUGCACGCUGGCGCCAGCUAUCUCCGUGUUCAUCAGCAGGGAUUCGGUGCCGUCGGUGUCUCCAGGAAAUACGGCAAACGAUCCUACGCUCGCUAUCCUGUCUUUUGGGGUCUUCGCAAGGUCGGGAACUUGCCCAACCCAGAUCCGUCUGAUGUCGGGGAAUGGAGCAAGGAACCCACUAAGGAGGAAGAUAUCACUGUGGAUUCAACAUACGAAGCUAGCCGUGGAGAGCUCAAAAGGCAAGCCCAGGAAUGGGCAGGGCUUGAUCAAAACCCCGAUGCCGAUCUCCUUGUGUUCGUCGGUCGCUGGUCUAUGCAAAAGGGUGUUGAUCUUAUUGCGGACGCUAUGCCUGCGGUUAUAGAAUCUCGCCCUAACGUGCAGCUGAUAUGCAUUGGCCCUGUUAUCGAUCUUUAUGGUAGAUUCGCCGCCUUGAAGCUCGACCACAUGAUGAAAAUUUAUCCUGGGCGCGUUUACUCGAAACCUGAAUUCACUACGCUACCGCCAUUCAUUUUCUCUGGUGCUGAAUUUGCCCUGAUACCAUCUCGCGAUGAGCCGUUUGGUCUUGUUGCUGUGGAGUUUGGCCGAAAGGGUGCGUUGGGUAUUGGAGCGCGUGUCGGUGGUCUCGGGCAAAUGCCAGGCUGGUGGUACAAUGUGGAAUCGAUCUCGACAUCCCAUCUGCUUAUCCAGUUCAAGCUUGCCAUUGAGGCUGCGCUGAAUUCAAAGACGGCCACCCGCGCGAUGAUGCGGGCCAGAUCUGCCAAACAGCGUUUCCCUGUUGCUCAAUGGGUUGAAGACCUCGAGAUUCUGCAAUCUACUGCCAUCACCAUUCACAAUAAAGAAGCUACCAAGACACACAGUGGUAACACUCGCCCUAACACUUCAUCUGGCACCAGCAUAGCAAGCGGAGUCAUUUCAUCUAUGCCCCAAGCCACGGGCCCGCUGCCUUCCCCGAGCAUGAAUACCUCAUUUGCGCAUUCCGGGGAGAACAGUCACUCCAACCAAAUGGUAGACAUCAGUUCGCAAAAGAAAAUCAGUUACAGCGCAAAUGAAAACCUCGAGGAUAUCGAAAAGCCAAAAGUGGGACUAACACGUUCUCUUUCCCUGGGCGUCCGUUCAGGCCCUGGUCAUCUUGGGCGUCUAAAACAAACAGGACAGGCCAUCACAGAACUCGAUGAAAACGGAGGAACUGGUGCUGACGGCGAGGAAAGCAGUGACGAUGACCCCUCUCACGCCUUGUUUGAAGAUGAUGAAUACACUCUCACCCCAGCUCAGGUCGAGGCCGGGCGGCAAGCCCAGGCUGCCCAGAAGGAGCGUGCUCGAAACAUGCCUUCAAAUCAGGACCAUGAUUCUGUGCAUCUUCGAUUCAUGAUCCCCCCAGGGCGCCCAGGGGCCCCAGAGACACCACCCGGCUCUGAGAAUCUCCUUCUCCCCCCUCCACCUGUUAGCCAAUUCAACCGCUUCAGCAGUGCGUCCGUCCUCUCGCUCGAUUCUGUUGUUGGCAAGAAGACAGAUUACAAGCUGCAGAAAGUCGAUCCUUUCUUCAAAGAUAGCACUGGUGAAUACUAUAGAGCUUUCGAUAAGAAGCUUAGUUCUCUGAACGGAGCCAACUCCGAGUCGCAGCUCUGUAUUGAGGAAUUCCUGAUCAAAAGUGAGCACAAAUGGUUCGACAGAUUUCGCGAUGCCAGACUGGGUCGCAACAAGUCUCCUACACCCUCGAUCCGCCGUUCAAGGCACAAUGAUUCUCCCGAUGGGAUGCUCUACGACGAUGAUAUGGUCAACCAUAUAAACAGCCACGAGGAUCAUGCGGCUGAUGAUGAAUUCCUUCUUGGGAAGGACUAUAUCACUCUACUCACAGGAGAAGUGGGUGAGACAGCGGAGAAGCUAUAUGGUAUCGCAACAACAUAUGCCAUUUCGUCUGUCUGUUGGUGGCUUGUAUAUCGAUACUUCAAAUCCGUCGUGUGUCUUUCCACCCCAUGGUUCCUGUAUGGUCUUGCGUUCCUUCUGAUUGGAUCUGCUCACUGGGAAGGAGAUUCCUUCACUCGUGGAUGGAUACAGAAUGUUGGCAGCGGUUUCUAUGCUGCGGCCUCCUCUAGUGGAUCCAUUUUCUUUGCGUCGAACUUUGGUGAUGAGGGAGGCGCACCGGUUGAGACCUGGAUUUUCCGCGCCUGUGUUAUUCAAGGUGCUCAACAAGCCUAUGUAAUUGCACUGUGGUACUGGGGGUCCACUCUGACCAAGGCCUCUUCAGAGGGCCUCUUGACUUCUGACAACAGUAUCUCUAACACCUGGAAAAUGACUGCUAUCUGUUACCCCAUUGCUGCAUUUUUGUGCGUCAUCGGUCUUCUUUUGGCCCUCGGCCUUCCCAACUAUUACCGUCAAAAGCCUGGCAAGGUGCCUUCGUUCUACAAGUCGAUCUUUCGAAGAAAGAUUGUUUCUUGGAACUUUGUCGCAGUGAUUCUACAGAACUUUUUCCUCAGCGCACCAUAUGGUCGAAACUGGAGCUUCCUCUGGGGUUCCACACAUGCUCACGCAUGGCAAAUCGUUCUCCUCUGCAUUGCCUUCUUUGGCUUUGUCUGGUGUAUUUUCCUUUUCAUCGUGAGCAAGUUCUCUAAGCACCACAGUUGGUUUCUUCCCGUCUUCGCCUGUGGCCUGGGCGCACCACGCUUCAUCCAAAUAUGGUGGGGUGUUUCUGGCAUCGGAUACUACCUGCCAUGGGUUGGCGGAUACACCUCUGGCGCUCUCGUAUCUCGCAGUCUCUGGCUCUGGCUGGGCGUGUUGGAUUCUAUCCAAGGACUUGGAUUCGGUAUCAUCCUUCUACAAACUCUUACCCGAGUCCACAUGUGUUUCGCUCUCAUUGCAUCUCAAGUGCUUGGCUCCAUUGCGACCAUCUGCGCAAGAGGUUUUGGGCCCAACAGGCUUGGUCCGGGGCCUAUCUCUCCUGACAUGACGCAUGGCGCCCAUGCCUUGGCUAAUGCCUGGUUUUGGGUUGCUUUGUUCUGUCAGUUGCUGAUCUGUGCUGGGUACUUACUAUUCUUCCGCAAGGAACAACUCGCCAAACCAUAA